GAUCCGACCGGAGUCUGCAGCCGGAGACCGGUCACCUCCUUUUCUGCUCCUUCAGACACUAAUCCUGCAAAACACAGGGAGCUGAGGACUACUGCCACACAUUACUAUUUUAUUAUUUUAUUGUUUUUAUGUGUGUGUUCAUGUGAGAAUCAGCUGCAGCAGUAGUAGAAGAAGAAGAAAGGAAGGAUGAAACUUAAAGAGAUCAAACGCUCGUCCAUCCAGAGCUGGAGUCCUGCACAGCAACAUCCCAUCUACCUUGCAACAGGAACAUCAGCCCAGCAGCUGGAUGCCUCCUUCAGCACCAAUGCCUCGCUGGAGUUCUUUGAGCUGGAUCUGGCCGAGCCGUCACUGGACAUGAAGUCAUGUGGCAGCUUGUCCACACCGCACAGAUACCACAAACUGAUGUGGGAUCCCUAUGGCAUGGAUCAAAGCCACCCAGCCGGCAUCCUCAUCGCGGGAGGCGAGAACGGCAACGUCAUCCUGUACGACCCCGCCAAAAUAAUGGCGGGAGAGACGGACGUGAUCAUCGCCGAGAGCGACCGGCACACGGGCCCAGUGAGAGCGCUCGACGUCAACCCGUUCCAGGUGAACCUGGUCGCAUCAGGCGGGAACGAGUCUGAGAUCUAUAUCUGGGAUAUGAAUAGCUUCGGCUCUCCGAUGACGCCAGGACCUAAAACUCAGCCUCUGGAGGACAUCAGCUGCGUAGCGUGGAACAGACAGGUCCAACACAUCCUGGCGUCUGCUAGUCCGAGCGGCCGAGCCUCGGUGUGGGACCUCCGCAAGAACGACCUCAUCAUCAAAGUCAGCGACCAUAGCAACAGAAUGCAUUGCUCCGGACUGGCGUGGAACCCAGAAGUGGCGACGCAGCUGGUCUUAUCCUCCGAGGACGAUCGGAUGCCGGUCAUCCAGAUGUGGGAUUUACGUUUCGCUACCUCUCCUCUCAAGAUUUUUGAGAAUCACACACGGGGCGUUCUGGCCAUCGCCUGGAGUCUGGCUGAUCCUGAGCUGCUUCUGAGCUGCGGGAAAGACAACAGGAUCCUGUGCUGGAACCCCAACACAGCAGAGGUUCUGUACGAGCUUCCCACCAGCAGUCAGUGGUGCUUUGACAUCCAGUGGUGUCCGAGGAACCCGGCGGUUCUGUCGGCCGCCAGCUUCGACGGACACAUCGACAUCUACUCCAUCAUGGGAGGAAGCAACCAGGCGCAGAGCCAGAGACACGCCGACCAGCCUGUUGGAGGACCUGCGAUCAGUAACUCUUUCGGGAACAUGGAUCCUUUCGGGACGGGACAAACGUUGCCUCCGCUGCAGCUUCCUCAGACUGCCGCCCCCCCGGCUACGAUCAACCCUCUGAAGAAGCCUCCGAAGUGGAUCCGCAGACCCGUCGGAGCCUCGUUCGCUUUCGGCGGGAAGCUCGUCUCUCUGGAGAACACAAAGCCGAACCCUCAGCAGCCGCAGCAGCCCACCUCACACGUCGUGCACGUCAGUCAGGUUGUCACGGAGACGGACUUCCUGAAGCGCUCCGAUCAGCUGCAGGCGACGCUGAGCGCGGGAAGCUUCGUGGAGUUCUGCCAGGAGAAGGUCGACGCCGCCGGGAACGAGUUCGAAAAGACUGUUUGGUCUUUCCUCAAGGCUAAUUUUGAAAGUGACCUCCGCAGCAAGUUCCUGGAGCUUCUGGGAUACAACAAAGAGGAGUUAGCAUUGAAGAUUUCAGCAGCACUUGAGGAAAAGCCUGCUGAGCCUCAGAUGGAGAUUCCAGCAGCAGUAGAGGAAACACCUGCUGAGCCUCCGAUGAUUCCAGCAGCAGUAGAGGAAACGCCUGCUGAGCCUCCGAUGAUUUCAGCAGCUGUGGAGGAAACACCUGCUGAGCCUCCGAUGGUGGAAGUUCCUGCUCCUGCCGUCGUUCCGCCUGUCAUGGAUCUCAGCUUCUUGCCACCCGCCGAUAAUCCCGAGGCGGCGUUCGACAUGAUCGCCGCCGCUAACCUCUUUCAGCCCGCCGCCACGCUCGAUCUGGACUCUACUCCGGCCCCCGAUACCGAAGAGCCGGCCACCGCAGAUCCAGAGGAGGACGCUCUCACCGGAGAACUAGAGGCCAGCGUGGAUCAGGUUCUAUCAGAGGAGAAGGCUGAGGAGGAGGGAGAGGAGGAAGAGGAGAUCCCAUUGGAGGAGGAUCAAAAGGAGGAGGAGGAGAUCGCCUUGGAGGAGGAAGCUAAGGGAGAGGAAGAGGAGAUUCCCUUAGAGGAGACGGCAGCAGCACCAGUGGAGGAAGAGCUCAGUCCUGCAGAGACGGCGGCUCCAGUCGAGGAGCCUGCUGAGGUUCCAGCUGCAGCUCCAGUCGCGGCCGCCCCUGCCGUGGCCGCUCCAGCCGUAGCCGCUCCAGCCGUGGCCGAUCCAGCAGGAGUCAGUCUGAGCAUCAGUCAAGAUGUGGACGGGCUGAUCACGCAAGCUCUGCUGACCGGAGACUUCGAGGGAGCCGUGGAGCUCUGUCUCCAUGACAACCGCAUGGCAGACAGCAUCAUCCUGGCCAUCGCCGGCGGGGCCGAUCUCUUGGAGAAAACCCAGAAGAAGUAUUUCACAAAGACACACAGCAAGAUCACCAAGCUGAUCAGCGCCGUGGUGAUGAAAGACUGGCACGACAUCCUGAAGACGUGCGAGCUGCAGAACUGGAAGGAAGCUCUGGCUGCCGUCAUGACGUACGCUCAGCCGGAGGAGUUCUCAUCCCUCUGUGACCUCCUCGGGGGCCGUCUGGAGGCAGCAGAGGAGGCUCAGCUUCAAGCUCAGGCCUGUCUGUGUUACAUCUGUGCCGGCAACGUGGAGAGACUCGUGUCCUGUUGGACCAGAGCUCAGGACGGACACUGUCCUCUGUCUCUGCAGGACCUGGUGGAGAAGGUGGUGGUGAUGCGGCGUGCGGUCGAGCAGACUCAGCACUCGGGUCCCGCUGCUAUCGGCAUCCUGCUGGCUGAGAAGAUGAGUCAGUACGCCGGCUUACUGGCCUCACAGGGCAGCUUGUCCACCGCCAUCACAUACCUGCCUGACAACACCAACCAGAUCGCCGUGCAGCAGCUCCGUGAUCGUCUCAGCCGAGCUCUCGGUCAGCAGCAGGCGGCGGCCGUCGCUCCCGCAGCUCCGGUUCAAACCCCGAGACCUCAGCUGGCGGCUCCUCGAGCUCCUCAGCAGCACGGCUCGUCUCUGCCCCGACACCCCUUCACUCCGGUCCAACCCGCCAUGAUGCCUCAGCCCACCCCUGCAGCUCCUGCACCCAUGCCUACACCCGCCUCCGCCCCUCCACAGCAGCAGUAUUAUCAACCAGUGAGGGCUGCCUCCACUGUCACCUCCUGGAGUAACCAAACUCCCACAGCCCUCCCCAAUGUUCCUCCUCCUCCUCUGCAAGUAGGAAACGCCCCAGAGCAGCAGGUCGAACCUCCAAACCCGAUGUACGGGAUGCCAGCACCCGGCACAGCUGCUGCUGCUCCACCUCCAUCCUCCACCACUCCUGCCUACAUGUACUCCCAUCAGUACCAGCCUUACCCCCAGGUCAACCAUUACCCCCCUGGAGCUGGGGGGACACCUAUCUAUCAGCCUCUUCAGUACUCCUCUGCUGCUGCGCCUCCUGCCGAACCCCCCGGCUUUCUCUCUCAGUACACGCAGCAGCCCGUCCCCUCUCAGCCUGCGCCUCCUUUCUACUCCGUACAUCCUCCCAUCAGCCAGUGUUUGUCCUCUUCUCCUCCUUCACAUCCUCCUUUCUUUCCAAACGCCGCCUCCUCCUCCUCCUCUGCUGCUGCCUCUUCUUCUUCUGCCUCCUCCUAUGCUGCUCCUCCUUCCUCCGGAGGGUCUUUCCAGCAUGGCGGUCCAGGAUCUCCUGUGUCCUACAUGCCUCCUCCUCCUCCAGCGAGCGGAGUCUCAGGUACACAGCUCGACCCUGAGCUGGUCCCCGCCUCUCAGAGAACAGGGCCUCAGAACGGCUGGAACGAUCCUCCAGCUCUGAGCAGAUCAUCUAAGAAGAAGCCGAUGAUCCCAGGGAACUACACCCCUCCUACCCCCAUCACCGCUCCCAUCAUGGCUCCGCUGGGCGGCGACCCUCAGGCCCAGCCGGUGUCAGCCCCUCAGCAGAUGGGUCAGGGGCCGAACGCGGGCCAGGGGCCGAACGCGGGCCAGGGGCCGAACGCGGGCCCGUUCUCAGGCAUGCAGCAGCAGCAGCAGCAGCAGCAGUUCUCUCCUCCACCUAUGAACCCCGCAAUGCCCAAAACCAGCAUGGAGGGAGCACCAGGAGCCCCGACAGGAGACAUCAUACAGCCCAUGCAGUCGAUCCCCGCUGAGAAGAUCAUGAAGAAGCCGAUUCCUGACGAGCAUCUGAUCCUCAAGACCACGUUCGAGGGUUUGAUCCAGAAGUGUUUGGCUGUAGCUACCGAUCCCCAAACUAAGAGGAAGCUCGAUGAUGCCAACAAACGUUUGGAGGCUCUUUACGACAAACUGAGAGAGCAGACGCUCUCUCCCGCCAUCGUCGGAGGACUUCACAACAUCGCCCGGACUAUCGAGUCUCGAUCCUACGCCGAGGGUUUGAACAUCCACACUCACAUCGUCAGUAGCAGCAACUUCAGCGAGACGUCGGCCUUCAUGCCCGUCCUCAAGGUCGUGCUGACACAAGCCAACAAACUCGGGGUCUGAGCUGAAGUUUAAAAAAAAACAAAAACACACAAAAAUAUCCCCCAACCACUCCUCUGAGUCUCGGACGAGCGGACAAGCGUCGACGGGUCCGAUGGUUCGAGCUGGAUAUUUACAGCGGUUAAAAUAUUAACGAUGAAGAAUCCAGAGAUGUAUGAAAUUACUGUUCAAUUCUUCUUUGUGCCAUUUUGUUUCUUUAUUUUUUAUUUUUUUAAAGGUGCAGUACGUAGAGUUUAGCAGCAUCUAGCGGGACGGACCUGGCAGAGAGGAUUCAGUCGGCUGCUGCUGCAAUCUGCAACUUCACCACUAGAUGGCGCUAAAUAUUACGGAUUGCUCCUUUUUUUUAAUUUUUAUUUUUUUUAAAUGUUUUCAACUCAAACACAAGCCAUGCUAUCAGUCGCACUCAGUGGUGAAAGUAAACUCUGAGAUCCAGAUGUUGUAAAAAUACGGCUGCGACUAAUUAACGUUGUUUUGUUUUUUCUUCGUUAUGGAUUUAAUCUGUUAGUGACUUUAUUUUCUCGUCUUUAAAAUGUUAGAAAACUGUGAUGAAUGUUCCUAAAAGCCCCAAAAAUUUAACCUCAAAUGUUUUUGUUUAUAGAUGCAAGUAAAAUUAUUUUCAUUGUCGAUUAAUCUGACGAAUAUUUACUUUUAGAUUUUUGAGUGACGUUUUGAAAUGUCUCGUUUUGUCCAAAAUCCAAAAUAUUCAGUUGAAAAUUGACAAAUAAUAAAUAAUCACAUUUUCUGCUUUAAACAUUGAUUAAAGCAACGACUUGAUUAUCAAAAUAGCCGCAAAUUAAUAUUUAGUUGAUGGAUUAAUUGACUAAUUGUUGCAGCUCUAAUUUAGUUUUGUUCACAACUCAACAAUAUGAAUUAAUUAUACAUUUAAGAAGCUGGAACC